UCCCCCCAGCAAAGGGGGGAACAACUCCAAAUUAAUGCACAUGAUAUUCGACGAGCAGGUGUCCAAAUACUUUUGGUCAUGUAAUGUAUCUUUUUUUUAUUUGAACGACUCUUUAUCGCUGAAGAAAGAUAAAGCCCAUAUGUUUCUUAAUCAAAGCGCAAGUGAUGAUUAUUAUAGAUACUAAUAUCAAAACACAGCAUCCGGAUUGUAGUUGACAUAAGGCAGUCAUGGGCGAAGCUAAUGGCUGAGAACUGUAAAGGCGUAAUGCCGCCUAGAGGUUGAGAGCUUGGCGGGAUCUAGUUUUUGUCAAAUUAACGUCAACAUUUUUUUGCAUUUUCGCUAACCUAACCUCUUUAUCUAACCUAACCCUUGCCAUUCCAGGAACCAAGUCGGUAAUGGAUGUCUUUCUAAUUUGCAUUAUCUCUGACAAAAGAAUAUGCCUCAACGAUAAAACGGAUUACCCAAUCUAGCAGCAUGAACCUCAAAGACAGACUGUUAAUGGUCACCAUGGCAUCGUGAGAAGUGACCGCAUCCCCUACUGGUGGAUCUGUCCUUGCAUCCUGGAGUCUCUGAAAACGGUCCUUCUAGAAGACUGCUGACAUCUGUCAGGUUGGACAGGAAGGAUGCGCUCAUAGAACAGAUGCUGGUGUGCACUUUGGACGGAGGCCUCUACCCUCCCCCGGAGGAGCCCACUGGUACUGUAGACCCCAAGAAGAAGAAGGUCAAAGACAAGGUCAAGAGCUUUGUUUGGAACCAUGGCAUGAUGGAGUACCAGGUGCAGGUAGAUGGUGUGAAGGCCAAGCUGAAGGAGACGGGCGCCAGCAAGAAACAACAGGAGGACCUCAGCAUGAAGGUGGAGAACCAGGUGCUGAAACUGGCCUCGCUUCAGGAGCAGCUGGACUCACUGAUCGAGAAGUGACCACCAGGGGGCAGCCAAGUGUCAAAUGGGUGCUGUGAGACCGGCUGGGGAAUAGAGAAGAAGCAUCUGCCACCACUGAAAGAGCCCUCCUCCUUUACAUACUGUUUCAUUCCAUUAUAUAUUUUCCCUUUUGCCUCCAGACAUCAUGGACUCGUUGGAGGACUCGUGUUUCCUGUUUUUGUAUUCUUCCUAUUUUAUUUAAUAGGUUGGUAGAUCUCUGUAAAUAAACUCGUUGUUAAGCCAUUGAA